UUUGAUGUUUCUCAGUAUUGAUGAAAGGAGCUGGCUCGACAGGCCUGGAGACUGAAGGCCUCUAUUUAGCCCCAGAAAAAGGGCAGCUACUGGCAAACUUCCCCUUACCAACAGACCUCAGUUCUCCCCUGGUGGAAAUCAGAGGAGUGAGAGAAGAGUUCAGCCUCAGUGACCCAUUUGGUCUUUGACUAAGAUUGUCAACAAGAAGCCAGUUAGUUCCAGAUGUGGUGGUAUAUUUUAUGAUGUGGAUGCCCUUCUCACGAGAACAAGACCCCCAGCUGAUUCAACGUGGGUCAUGGAACCAGUCCUCAGAGUGCAAUGAUGUGUAUUGGUUACUAUCUGGCUGGGUGCCCUGGAGGUGGGAGACUCCAUAUCUCAUUCCCAGUCCCCUGAGCCUGUGAGUUUCCCCGUCUGUGCUGGGUAAGGCAGAAAGCGAGUGGGAAGGUUUCACUGAUUUCCUCCAAGGAAUCCAUGGGCAGUGAAGGCCCGAAGGUUGGGAUUAUUGGUGGAGGCCACAUUGGAAAGCAGCUGGCCAGGGCACUACUGGAGCUGAGUGGCAUUUCGGCUCAGAAUAUCCACAUCUCCACCAGGAGGCCAGAGACUCUGUCAGAGUUCCAGCAGCUGGGAGUCGAAUGUUUUUAUGACAAUGGCCAGCUCGUGGCCUGGGCAGACAUUGUGUUUCUUUGUUGCCUCCCAUCUCAUCUACAGCACAUCUGCUCAGGAAUUCGUGCUGCUCUCCGGGAACCCUGCAUUGUGUACAGCCUGGUCACUGCUGUCCCGCUGCCCAGGUUGAAGCAACUCCUUUCCUACAGUGCCAUCCUGAGGCCACAGUACCACUGCACUAGCAGAAACUUAGAGAAUAUGUGGGGGACAAAUGGGACAAUCAUAGCUGCACUCCAAGACCCUAUUGUUAUACAGGCUACCUGUCCCUGUAGCCCCAAAGAGAGAAUUGCUGUCACUGGCAAGUGGUUGGAGGCCGUUUUCUAUGCAGCCCUGAACAGCUGUAUGUGGCGGCACCUGCCCCACCAGCACGCACUGAAGUUACUGAAUGAUGUAUGUUUCCCUGAGCACUGCCCCAUCUGUGCAGAGCAGAAGACCUCUUGCCCACGGUUUGUGUGUGGGAACUUUGUCAACCAAACUUUUGUCUCCUCCCUGACUCAAGAGGACACCUUCCCCUGGUUUGACCUGACAACUGUACAAAUGAAGGAGUCUCCCUUCAGUCAGCUCCUAGCAAGGAGUGUGCUUCUCCAGAACCAUCUUACUUUGUUGUACUGUACCUCCUUUGGAGUUUUGCUUGCAAAGAGUGGAGGGAUGGCCAGCAGUGGCCUCUGGCAGCAGAAUGUCUUCUCUUUCUGCCGCAGCAGAUCCAAGUAUGGUGCUGGGUCAUGAGUCAAUGUCCACCCACAACUGCUAUUGAUGUGACUUGGAAAGAAGACCAGGAGAUGUUCCUAACACUGAUUCUGAAGCUUCAUACAGUAUAACGACAGUGUGAUUCCAAACCUCCAGGGAUGGAACUGCUUUGCUAAGGUUUAAUGCUGAAGAGAACUGUGGCAGAGAUUAAGACCCCUUUCCUACCAGUUCCCAUUGUAGGAGCCAUAUGGUUGUGUGUGGUGGAGGAAUGUACGGUGAGGACUUUGUCCUGCAGUGGAAAGGAUAAAGCUGGAAUGGCAUGUAAACCUUUACCUGACCAUCACCCACAGCACAAACCAACUGCAAAGUAGUGGG